UCUUCAUCAUUCAUUCAUCUCUCAGAAUCCAAAGAUUCCAAACGAAAAUCACCGAUCAAAACCUCAGAUUCCUCUCUUCAGAUUUAUCGAAUAUGUUUCAAUCUUUCUCUUCAAUGGCGGAGGCUUCUCCUUUAUGCUUCUCCACCUUCUCUUAUUCUCCUUUUUCCUCCCUCCUUCGCUCUAAGGACUCUUCUUCUCUCAUCUCGAUUCGCAGGUCCUUGUUUCCACGAUCUCAUCCUUCAAAUCGAAUCGUCCGUAUCCAUGCGAAAUCAUCGAAUUCCGGCGGAUUUCUAGGCGGUGAUCCAUUCGGACAGUUUCCCUGGGAAGCAUCAGAAGCCGAUGACGCUAUACAAUGGGUUCCUGAGGAAAGAGUAACAUUGUUCACUUCUGAUGGUCUGGUUCAGAUUGGUGGAUUCAUGGUUCCUCGACGCAGAUCAUCUUUAGAUAAGAAAGAAGGGAAGUCAAAAAGAUUGCAGAGAUUUCAAGAAAGUGAUUACAUGGAUCCAAAUCAAGGCCUAUGUCUUGGUGCACUAUUUGAUAUUGCAGCAACAAAUGGACAUGAUACGGGUAGAAGGCUUUGUAUACUAGGGUUUUGCCGUUCUAUAGAGAUGUUGAGUGAUGUUGUCGAAGACACGGUUUUAGAACACGGUGGAGAGAUAGUUGCUGCAAAGAAGGCAAGUAAAGGAGGGCUACACGAGAAACUAACGAUGACAGUUGCAGUUCCCUUGCUUUGGGGUGUUCCUCCUGCUUCUGAUACGCUCCAUCGCGCAGUUAGGAGCGGCGGAGGUAUUGUAGAUAAAGUGUAUUGGCAAUGGGAUUUCUUGUAAGUAAAAUUCAUUCGUAAAUCACCAACCAAAUCUUUCUAACCUCAAUGUUUUCUAUUAUGUAAAUAAAAAUGUACAUUACCAUGUCUGUUUGCAACUGUAAAAACAACAGUACAAUUUUAUUCAAUAAUAAUAAUACACUAUGAUUUGCAUCAAA